AUGAGGAAUAAUGCUAUGAGGAAUAAUGCCAUGAAGAAUAACACCAUGAGGAAUAAUGCCAUGAAGAAUAACACCAUGAGGAAUAAUGCCAUGAAGAAUAACACCAUGAGGAAUAAUGCUAUGAGGAAUAAUGCCAUGGGGAAUAAUGCUAUGAGGAAUAAUGCCAUGAGGAAUAACACCAUGAGGAAUAAUGCUAUGAGGAAUAAUGCUAUGAGUAAUAACACCAUGAGGAAUAAUGCCAUGGGGAAUAAUGCUAUGAGGAAUAAUGCCAUGGGGAAUAAUGCUAUGAGGAAUAAUGCCAUGGGGAAUAAUGCCAUGGGUAAUAAUGCCAUGAGGAAUAAUGCUAUGAGGAAUAACACCAUGAGGAAUAAUGCCAUGGGGAAUAAUGCUAUGAGGAAUAAUGCCAUGGGGAAUAAUGCCAUGGGUAAUAAUGCCAUGAGGAAUAACGCCAUGAGGAAUAACGCCAUGAGGAAUAAUGCCAUGGGGAAUAAUGCUAUGAGGAAUAAUGCCAUGAGGAAUAAUGCCAUGGGGAAUAAUGCUAUGAGGAAUAACACCAUGAGGAAUAAUGCCAUGAAGAAUAACACCAUGAGGAAUAAUGCCAUGGGGAAUAAUGCCAUGAAGAAUAACACCAUGAGGAAUAAUGCCAUGAAGAAUAACACCAUGAGGAAUAAUGCCAUGGGGAAUAAUGCCAUGAAGAAUAAUGCCAUGGGGAAUAAUGCCAUGGGGAAUAAUGCCAUGGGUAAUAAUGCCAUGAGGAAUAAUGCUAUGAGGAAUAACACCAUGAGGAAUAAUGCCAUGGGGAAUAAUGCUAUGAGGAAUAAUGCCAUGGGGAAUAAUGCCAUGGGUAAUAAUGCCAUGAGGAAUAACGCCAUGAGGAAUAACGCCAUGAGGAAUAAUGCCAUGGGGAGGAAUAAUGCUAUGAGGAAUAACACCAUGAGGAAUAAUGCUAUGAGGAAUAAUGCUAUGAGUAAUAACACCAUGAGGAAUAAUGCCAUGGGGAAUAAUGCCAUGAGGAAUAAUGCCAUGAGGAAUAAUGCUAUGAGUAAUAACACCAUGAGGAAUAAUGCCAUGGGGAAUAAUGCUAUGAGGAAUAAUGCCAUGGGGAAUAAUGCCAUGGGUAAUAAUGCCAUGAGGAAUAAUGCUAUGAGGAAUAACACCAUGAGGAAUAAUGCCAUGGGGAAUAAUGCUAUGAGGAAUAAUGCCAUGGGGAAUAAUGCCAUGGGUAAUAAUGCCAUGAGGAAUAACGCCAUGAGGAAUAACGCCAUGAGGAAUAAUGCCAUGGGGAAUAAUGCUAUGAGGAAUAAUGCCAUGAGGAAUAAUGCCAUGGGGAAUAAUGCUAUGAGGAAUAACACCAUGAGGAAUAAUGCCAUGAAGAAUAACACCAUGAGGAAUAAUGCCAUGAAGAAUAACACCAUGAGGAAUAAUGCUAUGAGUAAUAACACCAUGAGGAAUAAUGCCAUGGGGAAUAAUGCCAUGAGGAAUAAUGCCAUGAGGAAUAAUGCUAUGAGUAAUAACACCAUGAGGAAUAAUGCCAUGGGGAAUAAUGCUAUGAGGAAUAAUGCCAUGGGGAAUAAUGCCAUGGGUAAUAAUGCCAUGAGGAAUAAUGCUAUGAGGAAUAACACCAUGAGGAAUAAUGCCAUGGGGAAUAAUGCUAUGAGGAAUAAUGCCAUGGGGAAUAAUGCCAUGGGUAAUAAUGCCAUGAGGAAUAACGCCAUGAGGAAUAACGCCAUGAGGAAUAAUGCCAUGGGGAAUAAUGCUAUGAGGAAUAAUGCCAUGAGGAAUAAUGCCAUGGGGAAUAAUGCCAUGAGGAAUAAUGCUAUGAGGAAUAACGCCAUGAGGAAUAAUGCCAUGGGGAAUAAUGCUAUGAGGAAUAAUGCCAUGGGGAAUAAUGCUAUGAGGAAUAAUGCCAUGGGGAAUAAUGCCAUGGGUAAUAAUGCCAUGAGGAAUAACGCCAUGAGGAAUAACGCCAUGAGGAAUAAUGCCAUGGGGAAUAAUGCUAUGAGGAAUAAUGCCAUGAGGAGGAAUAAUGCCAUGAGGAGGAAUAAUGCCAUGAGGAAUAACGCCAUGAGGAAUAACGCCACGAGGAAUAAUGCCAUGGGAAAUAAUGCUAUGAGGAAUAAUGCCAUGAGGAAUAAUGCCAUGAGGAAUAAUGCCAUGAGGAAUAAUGGAAUAAUGCCAUGA